GGUUGCACCGGGUAAGAUGGCGGACCGGGAGGAGGCGCUGAGGGAGUUCGUGGCCGUGACCGGGGCCGAGGAGGAGCGGGCGCGCUUCUUCCUGGAGUCGGCGGGCGGAGACCUGCAGAUUGCCCUGGCCAGUUUCUAUGAAGAUGGCGGCGACGAGGACAUCAUCACCCUCCCGCAACCAGCACCUAGCUCCGUUACCAGAGGCACAGCACCCAGUGACCACAGGGUGACGUCAUUCCGAGACCUUGUCCAUGCCCAGGAAGAGGAGGAGGAGGAAGAAGAAGGGCAAAGGUUUUAUGCUGGAGGCUCAGAGCGCAGCGGGCAGCAGAUUGUUGGUCCCCCGAGGAAGAAGAGCCCCAAUGAGCUGGUGGAGGAUUUGUUCCGUGGGGCCAAAGAACAUGGAGCAGUGGCCGUCGACAGAGCUGCAAAGAGCCCCGGAGAGGGCAGCAGCAGGCCAAAACCCUUUGCAGGCGGAGGGUACCGUCUGGGAGCGGCUCCCGAGGAAGAAUCUGCUUAUGUUGCGGGAGAGAUGAGGCACAACGCAGCCCAAGAUGUCCAUGUGGUGCUGAAACUGUGGAAGAGUGGAUUCAGCCUGGACAGCGGAGAGCUGCGGAGCUAUCAAGACCCCUCCAACUCCCAGUUCUUGGAAUCAAUCCGCAGAGGAGAGGUUCCUGCGGAGCUCCGUCGGUUAGCACGUGGCGGGCAGGUGAAUUUGGAUCUGGAAGACCACCGCGAUGAGGAUUUUGUGAAACCAAAAGGAUCCUUCAGGGCUUUCACUGGAGAAGGGCAGAAACUGGGCAGCACCGCCCCCCAAGUGAUGGGCUCAGGCUCUCCGGCGCAGCAGGCAGAGAACGAAGCGAAAGCCAGUUCCUCGAUCACCAUAGAUGAGUCCGAGCCCACCACCAACAUUCAGAUCCGGCUGGCUGACGGCGGGCGGCUUGUCCAGAAGUUCAACCACAGCCACAGGAUCCGUGACAUCCGGCUCUUCAUCGUGGAUGCCCGGCCAGCAAUGGCUGCCAUCAGUUUUGUCCUCAUGACCACCUUCCCGAACAAAGAGCUGACGGACGAGGACCAGACCCUGAAGGAAGCCAACCUCCUCAACGCCGUCAUCGUCCAGCGGUUAAUAUAACGGAACCCGCCCGCCAGCUGUGCGCCUAUCUCAUAUAGCCCCCCCCACUUGCGCGCCUCGUGCAGGGUGGCGCGACAGCUGUGUCAUAGGGCUGGGUUCCUCUUGGGUUGGACUCUUUAGUUGCAUUUCCCACAGUUUCUUUUCUUUUCGUGCUGAUUGAUGGACUUAAAAAAAGAAAAAAAAAUUAAAACCAAACAGACUUUCAAAAGGAGCAACAGCCUCCUAUUGUGUCUGCCACAUGCCUGCACUGGAUUACUAAUGGAGCUGGUUGCCGUGCUGUCCUGAGCAGGGAGAGGGGAGGGUCAGAGGGGGUGUGACCUCCCUCCUUCCUGCUCCACGGUAGCCACAAAGUUCUUCUGUGUAUUAAAUAAAAAGUGCCCCUGAAGAGGGGCCUGUCAUCUUGGUUGCCAAUGAAGUCACAUCGGGGUGCUGGUGUCGUGUACGUGUAUGGUUGGAAGGCCGGGGCAUUAGAGGGUCCAAGCUUUCUCCCCCCGCUCUUUCACCAUUGGCAGUUCUCGGGCCCUGUCUUUUCCAUCUUUUCUCAACCCCUACCAGUGAAGGCUGAGGUUUCCUGGCUUAGAUCGCUUUAGGACACCCUGGAAAGCCGCUGUUAGUCCCUAUAGAAAGGGAGCACAGCAGGUGGGCGGUUGGCGGAGUCCAUUUUUCUGUCCUUUCAAGCGUGUACAGUGACUCUUGGCAGGGAAGAUCUUAAGAACAGACCGUUCCUCGAGUGGAAGCAAGCAGGGUCUGGGGUGUAUGAUUCAUGGUGUCCACAGGUUGGUACAACUGGAAUCCUGUGGUACUGUUACGGAUCAAAGGUGCCUGGUUUUCUUUAAGAAAGAAACUCAUCGGCCGUCCUGCCCUGCCCACUUUUCUCAUGUAAUGAAUGAGCCUGUCAGCCUUUUCUAACCUUGGGGUGGUGGUGGUGUUAUUUGAAUGCCCUGAGUGCCACUGUACGAUCUUUGCAGCCGCUGAGAAUAAGAAAGAAGCUAUGGGAGCUUACGCAGUGUAGCUGCUGCCCGUCUCUUUGGGCCUGUUCUUACCUCUGUACCUCUUUUGUGGCUCCCAGCGGGUAGAGCUUCAACACUCUGGUUUGUGCCUCUUAAUGGAAGCAGAGGCAGGAGAGCGUGUUGUGAGAGCGUACGCUUUAGGGAAAGGGAGGCUGGGUCAGCAACACCAGACGGCCCUCCCAGUCAAUGGCCGUUCCACACGAGGGUUCCAGAACGGGCCUUCCUUGUGGCGGAAGGGAUCCACACCCCAUGUUGACUUGUGAACUCUGUAAAUUAUUGUGACAACUGUGUGAGCAUUAAAAAUCCAAACAACCUA